CUUUCGCCUAACUAGUUGGCAUAUUGUUGAACUUACUCUUGACUUUGUGAGUACUCCUAAACAUGGGAUAGUACUGUCAGCCCAUUAAGUUUAACUUCGUCACCAUGGUUUCGCUGUCAUGGCUCGAGCCUCUGAGCAGCGUUGACGUCGUAGCUCUGCUCGUGUUGUCGCUGCUGGUUUGUUUAGUUUACGUUCACCAGAAACGAGCGGACCUCGGAAACAUCCCGCCAGGUCCGAAACCAUGGCCGGUAGUCGGCAACUUCGGCUCCUUCCUCAUCCCCUCCUUCAUCCGGAGGAGGUUUGGACAAACGCAAGACAGCGCCGACAGAAACGCUAUGGUCGUCCUGACGGAACAGGCUGAGGUUUACGGAAACAUAUACAGCAUCUUUGUGGGCAGUCAGCUGAUGGUGGUGCUCAAUGGCUAUGAAGUGGUGAAGGACGCGCUUUCAAACCACCCCGAGGUGUUCUCAGACAGACCGGAUAUCCCUUCUAUCACCAUCAUGACCAAACGCAAAGGAAUAGUCUUUGCACCCUACGGGCCAGUGUGGAGAACGCAGCGCAAGUUCUGUCACGCCACACUCCGAAACUUUGGCCUGGGGAAAUUGAGCUUGGAGCCUUGCAUCCAGGAAGGCCUGGCUACCAUCAAAACAGAGCUGCUGCAACUGAAUGAGAAGUCCGCUGCCACCGGUGUGGACCUGGCCCCGCUGAUUAGCAACGCCGUGUCAAACGUCAUCUGCUCGCUGAUCCUGGGACAGCGUUUCCAUCACAAGGACCUCGAGUUCGGCAACAUGCUGGGCCUGAUGGAUCGUGGGCUGGAGAUCUGUGUGAACAGCGCUGCAGUCCUGAUCAACAUCUUCCCACUGCUGUACUACUUUCCCUUUGGGGUAUUCAAGGAGUUACGUCAGGUGGAAGGAGACAUCACAACGUUUCUGAAGGGGAUCAUUGCAAAGCACCGGGAAACGUUAGAUCCUGACCACCCGAGGGAUCUCGUAGACAUGUACUUGAUGGAGAUGUUGGCCCAGAAAGCAGCUGGAGAGGAGAACAGCAGCUUCACAGAAGAUUAUCUCUUUUACAUAAUAGGAGAUCUCUUCAUCGCUGGCACUGACACCACCGCUAAUUCAGUUUUGUGGGUUCUGCUCUACAUGGUCUUACACCCCGAUAUCCAAGACAAGGUCCAGACAGAGAUUGAUGAAGUGGUUGGAAAACAUCGGAUCCUGUCUUUGACUGAUAAGGGAAGUUUGCCUUUUACUGAAGCCACCAUCAUGGAGGUGCAGAGACUGACUGUUGCGGUUCCUCUGGCUAUUCCUCACAUGGCCUCCAAGACAACAGUGUUCAGAGGCUUCACUAUUCCAAAAGGGACAGUUAUUGUGCCCAACCUGUGGUCUGUUCAUAGAGAUCCGACUGUGUGGGACGAGCCUGACAGUUUCAACCCAGCGCGCUUCUUAGACGAGGAGGGGAAGUUGUUGAGGAAAGAGUGCUUUAUACCAUUCGGGAUUGGUCGCAGGGUGUGCAUGGGUGAACAGCUGGCGAAGAUGGAGCUGUUCCUGACGGUUACCAGCUUACUGCAGGCCUUCAAAUUCAGACUGCCAGAGGGAACGCCUCCUCCUACACUGCACGGACGCUUCGGCCUGACGCUGGCACCCUGCCCAUACACUGUGUGUGUGAGCCCUCGGAGAUGAAACACAGGAAUAUUUGUUUCCAACAAAUUUUCUCUAAAUCAAAUAUGCAUGACAACUGCGAUGUGGGUUGAGGUCUCUUGGAGAGAAAAUAUAAUCUAAAAAACAUAAUAGAAAAAAAGUUAUGUUUUUUGUUUGGAAUGUAGCUCCUUUUUCUAAUGCAAUUAUGGAUGCAUGUUAUCUGUUUAUCUUUACAAUGCUAUGAUCCAAAGCAGCUUCUUAUCAUCUCAUUUAAGAAGCUGGACCCAGAAAAUGUUAAUAUAUUUACUUGAUAAUCAAGUAAUAAUUAAGGUCAGGAUUUCAAUCUUAUUUAUUAAGGUCAGUAUUACAUGCCAGAUGCCUUUUGAUUUUCAAAGGCCCCUGCUGAAUGGGCCGAUCGGUUUUAUGAUGCAUGCCACUGAGAAAUAAGCAAACAUUAGGGUGUUUAUUAGGGCAUUAUGGAAAGAAGGAUUUCUAAAAGUUUAAAAGUAUAUUUUCCUUAUUGACUUGAUGAAUGGAUUAUUGGCAAUGUGUCAAAGAGUUUCUUAUUAAUAAUUAACUCAAUGUAUAGUGAAUAAAUAUUUUGUUCUAUUCA